AUGGAAGUUCUUUCCGCACACCCACAUCCUUAUUUUAUCCAGUACCACGGCUGCCGCUUCCAGAGAGGCUACCUGACUGGAAUCCUGCUCGGCCGCCAUCCGCAUGACCUGAAGAACUAUCUCAGUCGUGGAGUGGGAAAUAUCGAUAAGAAAGCAUUCAUGGACGCGCUUGAGUCUGCUAUUUAUCACCUACAUUCACUCGGCUGGGCACAUAAUGACCUCAACCCGACGCAUCUGCUGGUUGACGACUCCAAGGCCUGCGGUGGAAUGCCGGUCCUGAUCAACUUUGGCUCAGCCGGGAAAAUUGGAAGUUUGCUGGGAACGUCUCGGGGUACGAGUGGUUGGAUUGAAGGUCGGAUUGAGGACUAUACUACUUCUAAGAAGGAACAUGAUAUCUUUGCCCUGGAGAAGAUCCGAUUCUGGUUGGAUAACCCGACUUUCGGCGACGAUUAA